AUGGUUUGGAGAAACAUAUUUUUAUUAUUGCUUACAAUAAUUUUAAUAACUUCCAAUGCCUAUGCUGUUUCUAAUACCGAAAGUGGGUCCGUUCCGGCAGCAUGCGAGGAAGUAGGUGAUUGUGUCGCGCAAAGCGACAAUUGUAAUAAUACUAUUGGUUUCUUCUAUAACGACACAACUCAAGAGUGUGUAGUUAAUAUCAAGCUACUAUUACAAACUUUGACUACAAAGUACGAUACUCAAGAUAAAAUCCGACUCGAAGUCCUUAAAGUGUUUCAAGGCGUAAUUGUAUCUGUGAUUUUGUUUGUUACUUGUUCAAGUAUAUGCGUUCUGGGUGCCUGCAUUUACUGUUGUCGCAUUAAUUACACUGACUACCGUUUAAAAAAAGAUGUUGAGGCGUUGGCUGCAAAAUUAAAAAGAGAUUGCAAUUUAAAAAGGAAAACAAUUAAAAGGCCCAUUCAACCUGUUUCAGAAAGCUGUAACAUUGUAGUUGAAGGCGCGGGUGUAUACGUUGUUUAAGUAAAUAAUAUGUGUUUCUUAAAUUUUGAAUUGA